AUGCUGCGAGUCAACCUACUGCAGCUCCGGAAGCGGCUGCCAAUGCUCAGAGUGAUGAUAGUACUCCCAGUCGUGAAAAUUCUGGCAGCUCCUGGAAUGGGCACUGGGGUCGAGCCUCCAAUUCUUCUUGGGGUGCCAACGGUAGCCGUUGGGGACACACUGGUUGGGACUGGAAUAGGCCUUACUGGAGUGGAGAUACUCACUAUGGCGGUUGGUCGUGGAAUAGUGGUUGGGGUCAGCGCCCUUGGGGACAAUGAGGCGGUUGGCCAGCAGGUGCUUCAGGUCAUUUUGGUGCUGAACAGGCGAGAUCGCGCUCAAGAGGGUAAAAUCGGUGCAAGCGAGAAGAUGACGGUGCCGGGUUUCGAUGCCGAAGCUACUGGCGAGGAACUGGGAACGAGCGCUCGUUCCUAUCUGAGACAGGUGGAUGCAUGGUGCAAGGUAACCCGUACACCCCCUGAACAACGUGCCCUUCUCCUCUAUCAGAACCUUAGUGGUAGAGCCUGGAUUGAGGCUGAAGAGCUCAAUGUUGAGGAGCUGGCUAGUGCCGCGGGCCUUUCCGUCUUCAAGACUUGGGUUCAAGAAAGAUAUCAGGAAGUUGAGGUUUCUAAGAUUGCGGAGGCCCUUACCAGCUUCUUUCGCAGGCUCAAGCGCAAACCGGGACAAACCAUUCGGGAGUUCAAUUCAACAUUUGAUCGAGGUCACGCCCGUCUCCUUGAGAUUGAUUGCCGCCUCCCCGAGGUUGCCAGGGCUUGGGCCUACUUGAAUGCCUUGAUUCUUUCAAACUCAGAAGAGCUUGCACUGCUGGCCUCUGUUGGGAAUGAGUAUCAUACAGGUAGGCUUCAAAGGGCUGCUGUUCUUCAUUGGCAACCUAAGAAGGGUCUGGACACUGGCGCUGUUGGUCACGGAGGCAAGGGUACUAAGCAUGCCUUCCUCACCGGGGUUGGGGAUGAAGAUGCGGAGUCCGGAAAUGGGGUUCAAGAGGAUGAAGAGGAGAUCCUCCCUGAAGAAAUGGCCGCUGAAAUUCAUGAAGCAUAUGUCGCUCAAGAAUCUGCUAAAGCUAGAUUUCGUGAAGUUGCUAAAGCUGGAGGUGCUGAUCCUGCUGUCCUUCGUGACCCCAAGAAGAGCCACGCCAACCAAGACGACUCCUCCAAGGUCACGGUUGAACAGAGACUUCGGCUGGCUAAAGCCCGUAGCUAUUGCACAGGGUGCGGCCGUCGUGGACAUUGGCGUAAGGACAGCCACUGUCCUUUGAAUCAGGGCAAGACAUCAGACAACGGUUGGCUCCAGGGCUACUUGAAGGUUGCAAAGGAUGCCGGCGCGAAGACGCAGCUCCUGAAUGCCCAGGAAGAUUUCCGGUUUGGUGCGUCCAAGGUCUUCCGGGCUUCCGAGGCUACGUAUACGGCCACUUUGGUUUUGUCAGUCCGAGGAAAGAGCUUUCUUCUCCGGGCUUCGGUUGUUCAAGGAGAUGUGCCACUGCUGUUGAGUCGCAAGGUCCUCAGUAAGCUUGGUAUGGUUUACGAUGUGGAACGGCAUACUGCAGAGUUCAAGCAUCUGGACAUUCCGGAGUAUCGCCUCCUGACCACUGAAAGCGGGCAUCCUGCCAUUCCGGCAAAGUCUAGCGCUGUAGAUGGCCUUGUGAUUCCUACGCUGGGGAUGAGACCAACUGCAAACCUCAACAGCUUCUCCUUCAAGACUAUCUUCUAUCCCAAAAAGAUUCCGAAUGUGAUCUUCAACUUUCUCACUGGGGAGACCUUGAACUAUGACAUGUUUGCUAAGUGGUGGAGGGAGAAGAUGCUCUUCGACCCUAGCAAGUGGAUCACCAGCCAGGAGGAUGUGAAGAAGAAAUUGAUGCGGCAACUCCUGAGCAUCGCUUUAGAGGGCCUGAUACUGGAGCUCCCCAUGACUUCAACUCCGAAGACGCCUUGGCAAAUGACGAAAGCGGAACUGGUAGCCGAGGCUACCCGCCAGGGAUCCAUCGUUCACCCCUCAUGGAAUGUCGGAGAGAUUCGUCAGGUCUUCAUCGAACACCGGAGGGUCAACGACGGUGUGAAUCUUAUGCCCAAGGGACUUGGCUCCAUGAGUCUUGCACAACUCAAGGAGCAGUGUGUGAAGCGCGCGGUGGAUGUUCCGGAGAAGGCGGUGAAAGGACAACUCCAACUACUCCUUCGCCGAACCCACUCCCCACCAGGAGAGGCGGUGGUGAGCUUUGGCCGCCAUGCCAGCAAACUGUACUGGGAGGUACCGAUGUCGUACCUCAAACGCACGAUGGCCGAGGUCAAGGCGAACCAGGGCAACUCUUCGCACGACUUGAUCCACCUGGUGGCCAUCCCGGAGGAGAACGAGGAUGCGAGCUCAGCGGGGGCCUCAAGCUGGAGUCAGGCGCCCGAGCCCCGAUUGAGCAAGGGGGACGCGAGUGGCCCCAAACAUGGCUAUCUUCCGACAUCAUCGCCGAGCCCGGUGGUUCUCAAGCGUCGGGCCAAGGAAGAGCAGACGGAGACCCAGUGCAUGCAGGAGGGGGCCCCCGAGAUGUGGGAUGGUGACUCCCUUGACGAUCCUUUCAAUGGCCUUUCAGUAGAGCACUUCGCCAAGAAGCUGUGCGAUGAAAAGGACUUCUCCUCCCAGUCGUGUGAGCGCAUUGUCAAGUAUGUGUGUGCCAAGUCCCGGAACGAGAGAAAGCGACAGGUUGCAGCCAACACAUGUUCAGUUGCACUCGGGGCAUACACUCACGGAGCUUUCCAUGGGGCAAUAAAGAAGACAUUCAGGUAUUUCCAUGUGGCGCAGUACUUGAACAAGUUCCUUCGUUUUCAUGGCGCCCGAGGUCCUCGGAGUUCAACCCAGCUCAACUUUGAUGCCGCAAUCAAUCCGCAUAAAGAAACAUCGGCGCUAUGUGAUGGAGCGACGGCCUCCGGUCUCUACUUCAACACCAAGGACCAAAUUCAGGCCUUCGAUCCGAAGCGCAAGCAUGGAGUUGAUGAUCUGAGUCUUCCCGAUCGUGAUGUUCUGAGCACAUGCGGCUUCCACCUUAAUGAUCUUGAAGAAUCUGGUGCUCCCCGCCAGGAGAAACACAAGGUGAUCGAACAUCCUUCGCUUCUGGAAGUUGGCGGCUAUGAUAUCACCCUGGAUAUCGCUGAAUCUGGUGGAUCCUCGGCUACGCCCGGGAAUGCCAUCUCUUUGGAUGCCAAAGCCAGUAUGCUGGAGCUGAAGAUGCGACUGACUUCCACUGGCCUGUCCUGGUCCCUUUUGUCGAUGUCUCUUGGCCACGGCGCCAGCCGGAGGGGCUUCGGGAAGGGCAACGUCACCGGAGUCAAGAUCAAACUGCAAAGAGGCUUCGUCUUCGGGAGAAAUCUCUUGAUCCAUGUCGGCAUCUUGGUCUUCGGCUACCUGUUCUGUGCUCCUCAGCAACUAGGUGACAUCUACCUGCGAGAGACACCACCAAUUGCCGCCCUCAGCCCCAAUGAUAGUCAGCGGAGAUUGUGCCUGGAGCUCCAAACACGAGAAAGCGAACACGCGGCCUUCCGAGCGGCUGAGGACAAACAGUUUCAAGAGCACUUGGAUCACACGGCUUUGAUUCCCCUCUCUCCAGAAGAGAGUGCCCGAGGAGAAGCUGAAGUGGAUCCGUCCAGGAUUUUGACCUCCAGAUUCGCUUAUCGCGAUAAAAACUACUCGAGGCGCAAGCUUGAUGCCUCAGUAGCUAGGCGGCAUAAAUCCAGGUUGGUAGUAUCCGGACAUCAGGAUCCGGAUGGCGCUGUGCUGCAGACAGACGCCCCUACCAUCAACCGUCUCUCAGUGUUGUCCCGCUUGCAACUCGUCGCAAGCCGGCGUAAGUCCCAUGGCUGGGAGGCAGCCGCUGGAGAUAUUCAGGCGUUUUUAAACGGGGAUGCGCUAACAAGAGAGCUCUUCUUGCACCAACCCCGCACUGGGUUGAAGAACCUAGCGCCGCAACAACUGCUCAAGAUCAACAAAGGCAUAUUUGGAUUGCUAGAUUCGCAUCGCAGAUGGUGGCGACGCCUCCGGCAGGACGCUUUGGCACUGGCGCUAGUCCUUGACGGGGUUGAGCAUAGAUUCGUGCAGAACGCUCUGGACCCAUGCGUUUUCCAACUUGUUGGUCCAAGCAGCAGCCCCGAAGCUCACCCUGAACCUGUAACCUACAGCGGUGUUCAUGUAGAUGACCUGUUGGUUGUUGGGAGCAGACAAGUAGGUCAGCAAGUUAGAGAUGCCUUGUCCGCGGCCUUCCCGGUGGAUGGUUGGGAGAUUGAUAACUUCGAGUACAUUGGUUCACAUGUGACUGUCUCCGACGAAGGUGUGCAUGUGUCUCAGGAAGCCUACGCAACUUCUAGACUUUUUGAGGUUGAUCUUGUUAAGGGCCAGCAAGACCUUGACCUAGCCUCUACAGAGCAGAAAAUCGAUAACCAAUCACUCAUCGGGGCACUUUCGUGGUUGGGUUCUCAGACCCGCCCAGACCUUCAGCGCAGUGUGUCCCUGGCGCAGCAGCUUCAGAAGGCUCCUACAGUCGGAGAUAUCAAGUUCACCAACCAGGUCGCGCGCCGUGCUUGGAGUCACCGAGACAAAGGGAUCUGGCUUAGACCCCUUGAUCUUUCUUCACUGGAGUUCGUUGUGUACCACGAUUCUGCCUUGGCUAAUGCGCUCUUAGAGGGGGAGGAUGGUUUCCGUUUGUCUUCUGAAGACCAUGAGCUCGGAACUAUGACGACUGGUCCCUUUGCUGACAAGACCCGGAAGGCUAGAAGGGAGAACUCCAAAGUGGCCCGUCAGUUCGGAAUCCUGAUCUAUCUCACUGACUCCGCUCGUUAUCUUGAAGGAGGUGGAGUUGGCAGCAUCCUCGAUUGGAAGUCGACGGCUAAUCCGAGGGUCUGUCGGUCUACUUUUGGGGCCGAGACGAUGGCCUGCGCUGAGGCCGUAGAGAUGGGGCAGUACGUUCGGUCCUUCGUUGAGACGGUUCUGAAAGGGAGUCUGCAGCGCGUAGAGUUUCUUGCUGGAAGCCAGUUGACAUGCGUCACGGACUGUACAUCACUCGUUGACCAUUUGCACCGUGAAGGAAUACCUAGAGUUCCUUCUGACAAACGUCUCGAGAUAGAUCUAGCCGCUUUGCGCCAGCAUUUUGAGCUCGAGAGACUUGACCGAAGAGAAGCUUCCACUCUUCUGGGUUCCUACCGGGUUCCAGUUAGCCGAUAUUUUGACUAA